AUGACAAGCCAUUACCGUACCCUGUCCCCUAGCCGAGCACGGCACUCCAUGGUUGAUCCCAUGCGAGCGUCCACUGGCAUGGUCCAGAUGGGGUCCUCUUAUGAUCCGUACGAAUCGACCAGGCACUAUUACGACGACUACCCAUCCGAUGCUGGCUAUGCUAGUGCCUAUGGCCAUCGCUCGAGUCGUCCCUCCAAACUGGAAGCCCACCCUGUGUCUUCCCAUCGAGUCCAUGACCCGAAUUCAGCCACCAAGAAAAGAACCGAAUACACUGUUACCCCCAGACACAGAAGCAAUACCACAUCAGGAUCGAACCCGUACGAGACCCCAACACGACUGGCUGUGCCAUCGUCAUCUCACCAGCGUCUGUCGCCAGUGCUUCAAUCAAGUCAUGGCCACGCUUCAAGUCCUCUUGUUUCGGAAUCGGGUCACCAUCUGGUCCCGGCUUCGGCGUUGCACCCUGGGCAUCGCCGAAUCUACAGCACUGACUAUGCAAGCGAUACUGGCCACUUGGGGUCGCGGGAUAAGGUGCACCACCGAAACUACGAUGGUCACCGACCACAUGCACAUGCACCAUCCCACUCACGUCGUUAUCCAGCAUAUAAUGCGUUGAGGAAAGGCGACGAUAUUGACGAUUUUGAUGCCUACUCAUACACUACACCUCGCGAGCAGUUUGAUCGGGAUUAUCCAGUCCAGGCUCGCUCUCAUAAAUCGAGACAUUCGCUCGAUCGGCCCCUCAGCAUUACUGGGGCUGAAGAUAACCCCCAGUGGCUGGCACGGAGGGACCGACAUCACGGUCCGCCUCCCACUUCCUGGGGCCUCGACAAAAUCAGCCGCGACCGACAAAGAAGUUCUACGCGGACACGAGAUGACUCUCGUGAUCGCCACAGAUCAAAAACUGGGCUUCAUGACCAAGCUUUGGUUCCGGUGGCUCACGACUCUGAGGAUGAGUACACACCUCGGCAUAGUGAGCAUGGCCGCCGCCGCCGCCAUCACAGAUCACAUCGUGAUGAUAGUCGGGACCCCCACUACCCCGAGGAUCGCUAUUUGAAACCGCACGAUGGCGAGCGGGCCGCGGUCGGGCUUGGAACGGCGGCCCUAGGAGGUGGAUACUCCGACGUUUCAGACUAUGAGCGUCCCUCCCGACGCCGACACAGGCACCAUGAGGACCGUGACAAGCGAGAGCACGGUGCAGUCCAGGCCCCGUCGUCGAGAGAGAUUGUGGAAGCAACCCCUGGCGGCGAAAGAACCAAGCAGUCUUAUCUGGACCCAGCGGAUGCUAAUCGCCAUGGUCGAUCGCGAAGACAUUCUCGACAACGCGCGCACAGUGAUGCUGGCGAAACAUCUGAUGAAGACCUGCGAAAAUAUAGACGCGAGCCUUCGGCCUCAGCGCACCGCAAACACAGCAGCGAAGACACCUCAGAGAGCGACCGGGGCCACAGUCGGGAUCGCUCCCGCCGUAGUCACCAACGAGAUCAUUCCCGUGGACACCGUUCCUCUCGCUCUCGUCCUCGUAUGCUGGAGGAUGGCCAUGCUAGUGAGACUCGCCGGUCGCCACCAAUUGAUCACACCAAAGAUGACCCAAGGAGACCCGUGACGGUUGAUCCACCAGUGGCACCAAAAGAGCCCGAGGCUCCUCCCAAGGGAAUUCUCAAGGCGCCUCGUCCUGCAUUCCCUGAGGAGCGCAACCCUGUCAGAGAAGGAGUUGCACCUCUCAAAGAUGCUCACAAGCAGGGCAUCCCACCCGGAGCUCGAUGGACCAAGAUCGACCGGCGGUUGGUGAACCCCGAAGCAUUGGAAGCAGGGAAUGAACGAUUCGAGGAACGCUCAGAUUAUGUGAUCGUCCUGAGAGUCCUGUCCAAGGAAGAGAUCCAGGCAUAUGCUACCAAAACACAAGAAGUUCGAGAAACCCGACGCCAGGAAUAUCUGCGUGACAAGCGCCAACAUCGAGACGAAACCCAACGUCACGGCCGCCGGGGCGAAGAAUCUUCAAGCGAUGACGAAGACGAGGGCGAGGAUGAGCUCCCGAAGAAGCUCGAAGCACCCCCGGCAUCCAACGAGCAGAAGCCAUCUCUACCCAUGCGCCCGCACACAUCCAACCACUCCCUGCCGGAGCCCGACAGGCCCCGUAUGAGUCCGUCCGUUGCGCCGGCGUAA